AUGGGUCUCUUCAGCAAGAAAGACAAGUCCGGCUCCGACGUCGCUAGCGACACCGACCGCAAGGCCCUCUUCGGCAGCAAGAAGGGCUCGCCCGCGCCCUCGUCCGCCAACCCCUACGCCCAACCGCCUCCCGGCGGCGCGCCCCCUCCCCCCUACUCCGGCGGUGGCAUGAGCGACCGCGCCCGCGCCGAGAAGACCCCCGUCCCGCAGGGCGGCUACGGCGGCGGCGGCGCUGCCUACGGCGGCAGCGGUGCCUACGGACAGGACAGAUACGGCGGCGGCAGCGGCAACGGCGGCGGCGGCACUGCGAGCAGGUACGGUGCCGGCGGAUACGGAGGCAUGGGCGACUCGGAUGCGGGCAGGCAGGAGCUGUUCGGCAACGCGGCGCAGAGGGCGCAGCAGCCCGGCGGCGCGCCGGCGCCUGGCGGUGGCACCAUGGGCGGGGGCGCGGCCAGCGCCGCGUACGGCUCGUAUGCGGACAGGCAGCUGACGCAGGAGGAAGAGGAGGAGGAGGACGUGCAGGCGGCGAAGCAGCAGAUUAGGUUCAUGAAGCAGCAGGAUGUUUCCUCGACGAGGAACGCGCUCCGCUUGGCAGCUCAGGCCGAGGAGACGGGCCGGGACACUUUGGGACGGUUGGGCGCGCAGGGAGAGAGAAUCCACAACACGGAGAAGAACCUCGAUCUCGCAGAGAACCAGAACAGGCUUGCCGAGGAGAAGGCGCGCGAGCUCAAGACGCUGAACAAGUCCAUGUUCGCCAUGCACGUCUCUAACCCCUUCACCGCAUCCAAACGCCGCGAAGCCCGCGACCAGAACAUCAUCGACACGCACCGCAAGGAGAAGCAGCAGCGCGAGGACACGCGCACGGCGGCGUACGACUCGGCGCAACGCCAGCAGCAGGUGCAGAAGGACGUCAACCGUGCCGGUUUCGGCGGCAACAAGCAGGCCAGCUUGGCCGAGCGCUCCAAGUACCAGUUCGAGGCCGAUUCGGAGGAUGACGACAUGGAAGACGAGAUCGACUCCAACCUCGACGCCCUGCACGGCGCCGCCGGCCGCCUCAAGAACCUGGCCUCAGCCAUGGGCACCGAGGUCGACACGCAGAACCAGCACAUCUCCCGCAUCACGAACAAGACCGAUCGUGUGGACGAGCAGAUCGUCAUGAACCGCGCCCGUCUGGACCGCAUCAAAUAA